AAACUGUCAUGGCGGGUUAGAUGUGGCAAUCGCGCCGUGGAGUAUGAAUAAUGGUCUAAUUUUCGUCCGACGCAUUUUUUGUUGCAAAUUUCCAAUAGCUUUUAGAACUCGCCAGAUGUGGUGGAAGGGAUCUAUUCAGAAUUCUUUCAGUAGAAUCAAUUCUUUGAGCAGGUCCAGAAAACUAAUCCUGUUGAUUUUGCUGCUGUUGUUGUUACUGUAUUUCCUUGGACCCUACUUUUUCCGGACCCAGACGACGCAAAUCAAUCUUGAUGUACUGGACAGUUGUGUAGAAGAUAAGGUCCGUUAUUUCCAUAAAGCCACGCAAAGUUUUGAUGCCUUUGUGAACAGCCCUGGAGGGCCAACAGUAGCAAGUCGUCACUAUCCGGCCUAUGUUGGAAAUGGCCACUUGGCGGCAGCAUUGGGAAGCUCCAAUGGGUUGUUUGUGCGCCUCAAUAGGGCUCUCUCACUCCCAGUCAAGUUCUUUCCAGUUGUGUCAGCUUUCAUGGAAAAUACACAUUCAUCUGUGAAAGAAGUGACAGCCUUACACAUCAAGUCUGGUAUUGCUUACAGGAUCCAGACAAUUCAUGUGGAAUCUGGAUGGACCGGUUCGUGUGUCUCUAUUGGAACACAGUUGUACGCCCACAGGUCAAGGCCAUCUGUACUUGUACAAGAUAUCAAACUCUCUAACCCAAGUAAAAACCAGGUGGUUGUAGACUUGGACCAGAUUGGAGAUUCAGGAUGGGAGGGCUCCAAAACUAUCCUGAAAAGUGCUAAGAACAAUGUAGGGGAGGAUGUCCAGUACAGUUUGACCUCUGGAGAGGUCAGCAGUCAGCUUGAUGAUGGCUAUAUCUCGUACGUCACUGUAGCAACUGUUAAACUACCAGAAAAGUUCAUCAAAAUCCCGGCAGGAAAAACCAAACUGCUACAUGUGGUGACUGUGGUACAUUACACAGCUCCAAUGCCCAAGAAUACGAGGGACCCUGUCGCUGUCUUCAAGGACUUGGAGGGAAAAGUGGACAAGGAUAUGCUGGAAGUGUUGAAGAUCGAUGACAAUGUCCUGAGGGAGGAACACAUCCAUGUCUGGAACAAGCUGUGGCAGAGCGGGUUUGGAAUCAGCUACUCCAAGGCCAGCGGAGCCUUAAAUGGGGACAAGAUCAACUCCACCAUGUAUUAUGUGAUGAGUAACAUACCCGCACCACUUCACAGUGUCACAUCUACGCAGAAGGAGCGUACAGAGAUCUACCGCACUCUACACUACCCGGACAGGUGUUACGGCGGACAUUCUACACUACAUGCCAACACACUGUGGGUAGACGUGUCAGAUGAGGAUGACAUCGCCAGGGUUACCACGACAUGGAUGAUCACCUUGGAGAAACAAGGCUGCUCUGUCAUGGUGAAAGCAGGUGCUGAAGGUGUGAUACAGGCUAUGGUUCUGAGUCUGGGAGCCCUACGAUUUGCCAAUGACCAUCUUGAAUUUGCCAUGGAGCCUAAGGACCUGCACCGUGAUCUGUUUUUCCACAGAAUUAAUUACGGCAAUAAUACUCACGUCAAUGUGUCCGUUAUUGUUGGGGAAGAUAACCGGGCCAAUAUCUAUGUGGCGCUUGAUCGUAAUGACCGGCCGUACUACGCAUGCGACGCUGGAUGUAUAGAUGCCCCAGCGGCCCUCAGUAAGGAGCUGAAGCAGUUUCCGGUGAAGCAAACAAAACCACUGACUUCCAUCUUGUACAUCACGGCCGACAAAAUCCACAUGGAGGAACUCAAGCAUGCCAUCCAUGUUGAAAACAUUGUAGAAGCACCGGCCCAUGAACACCACGUGAUAGCCCUCCACAAGCAUGGUCAUCACUUUGGGGGUCUACCCACAAUAUUCUGGGUAUCCAUUGCAUUCCUCGUCGUUAUUUUCCAUUUAUUCCUGUGUAAACUAAUAUACAAUGAAUACUGUGCUGGACAGGAACGUUUCACCAGGGGGCGCUAUAAUGUAUAGCACAAGUAGGCCCCUCCAGUAGGGGCACAUCAAAGUGUAGCAUAACUUAUUCAGUUGUACAUCAUGCAUACAUUGUAAAAACCUAUGAUCAAACAAGAAAGAAAAGUGUUUUAUUUGAGAAGCAUUAAUUAUGCUUACCAUAUCUUCAUGGUAAAAAUUUUUUCCCUUCAAAUUGACCUGAAACUGAAAGUCAAAUUCAGAUCUAAUAUUUAGGUCAGUUUCUGGUCAAGUUAAGGUCAAUUCGUCCAGAAAUAUCCUCAUGUGAAUAACAUAGAUUUAAUCUGUCAGAAUUUUAUAUUAGUUUGAUUUCAGAUCAGGACUUAAACAAAGCUAAACUGGCUAUUUGUGACACUCGGUUUAAUCUGUUGAAAUUAUGAUUUUUAAACCUUCAUGUGAAAUCAUUUAACAUUUUAUUCCUCAUAGAUAACAAGUAUUUAUUUUGGCUGUUGCAAUAUCUUGAAAGAAUUUAUUUGAAGUUGAAAGUUUUGAAGGAAAAUUUAGAAUUUUAAUAUCGUGUAUGCCUAUAGCAUUUUUGGAGUGUUAUUCUAGCUACAUUCUAUCGUCCAGAGAGAGUUAUUCAUUCAUAAAUUUAUAAGGUAUGUGAUGGUAUGACAUAGUUGUCUACCAAGCCUUGGUAGAGACUCUCAAAAUCUCAAUGUGUUAAUACAUUUCUGUAUUAGCUAUCAUUGCAUUAACUAAUAUUAUUUUCCCAAAUAAUGAUGAAAAUUAUAUAAUUAAUUUCACUGACUAUUUCAUUUGUGCUACCAUUCUACCUACUGGCAAUGCAAAUACCUAACUUAUCGAGAUCGUAUGUACCGGUAUGCGAUACAUUUACUGGCAAUUAUACAUAUAUAUUAUCCUAUUGUUCAUAAACAUACAGGAUUAAAUGUCAAUUUCUUCAUAAGUCGCAUUUAUCCUGUUCUAAGCAAUUCUGCAUUGUUUCAAUAUACCACACGAUAACUUUUUAUCUGAUCAAUAAGACAAUAUCUUUCCUAAAUUUGAUAAUAUUACUAGGUGAAACGUAUAACUCCAGCACUGAUUGUCUUUAAAUUAAAAGGAAUAUGGUUCUCAUGCAUGCAUAACACUAGUUGCCAUUUGGCUAAAAGUUAGGAAUCGAUACAGCUUCUUAAAGAGUGAAGAAAGAAAAAUUGGCAAAUAUGGUGCUAGUUACUACCAGAAACUAAUUUAAUGAGUCAAUUGUGGUAUUUUUUUUUUUAAGAUGAACAUGCUAUUGUGGAUCUUCAUGUAUUAUAAAUUUGUUGGUAGGUAUAUUUGUCUCAGCAGAAGUAGUGAAUUUCAGUACAGCAAUCCCUGGCCAUAAUCACAGGCAUUUGUAGUUGAUUGAAUAAAAUAAUGCAAAAACAAUAAAAAUGGUCUAUAUAAAUAAAUAACGACUUAUUCUAUAAAGAUGUCUACUAGGUGUUUAUAUUAUCAUUUGAUUUAUAACUACAAAUGGCUGUGAUAUGAUUUAUAAUAGUUGGUGCAGGAAUAUUAACUUGAUGACUUGGGGAAAGUCAUUUGUUUAUGUAUACAUGUGUUAAUGUUAUUUUAUUUGUUGAUAGAGAUGUUGUCUAUAGAGAACACCAAAUUAUCUCCCUUUGUGUAUAUGUUUUAAUGUGGAGGCACAAUGAUCUAGUGAUAGGACGCAGGGCUACAUGACCAAAGGGUCACUAGUUCGAGUCCCAGCUAGGGCGCUGUGUUGUAUCCUUUACUCUGUUGUGUUACAGUCGACUCAGCUGUAAAUGAGUAUGUGGUAGGGCAGGGCAAGAAAUGUUGUUCAUAAGCUGUUAGUGCCGAAAUGUCAGCUCUGGAUAUAUGCUCCCUAGGGAGUUGAGAAAGACACUGGCUUGUUGCAAAAGGCCCUUAUAACUACAGAUAAUAAUUUGUGAACCGCUUCAAACAGCUUUGUUGCUGUGUUAUAGCGGUAUAGAUCAUCCCAAAUUAUUAUUAUUAUUUUGCUGUGAUAAAAAAAAAACUUGUGUUGGGCUUACAAGUUAAACAAAGCUCACAGACUGUCUAACAAAGCGACUGUCCUUGUCACCAUUUUCAAUCAGAGGGUUCUAGAUCUGUUGGUUCUCCACAUCUUUUGAAUCAUCUACCAUCAGUACAUGUUGUUACAGCAUAAAACCUCAUACUAACAGUCAGGGGACAGUUAAUAUACAUUAGUGGUUUAGGUUCUUGUCCAUAGGACUGUAGCGUUAUAAGUACAUUUUAAAAUGAUUUUUCAAGCGACACACUAAACUUUUUUGGUGAGACCAGAGAUGUAUAGAUAAUAGAAGUUUGUCAGUCUAGGCAGGAGUGAAAAUUCUAUACAGAAUGAGUGUACCUGGUAGGUCAUUUACUGAAAUGCACAUUUUGUCUUUUUUUUUUUUUUUUUUUUUAUUAUCGAAAAAUGCAUUUACUGACAAGUUACUGUAAAAGUUUAAUAACACUAGAUUCUACUGCAGCACACAAAGAUAUAAUUUUGAGUCAUGAAUGUUACGGGAGAAUUUCAUGGUUUGUGAAAAUCCAAUAAAAUGCAUCCUUAAAAUUUAAAUUUUCAGUAAAAAAUAUUUUAUAUUAAGAAAAAACUAAUUUUAUCCCUCCACACAUCUCUUAGUUGUGUUGAUGUUCCAUCACUCAGUUUUUGUGAAAAAACAUGUGAUUGUAUUACAGGAUUAUGUGUGAUAAUAUUUUGAAUGGUUUUGUUUACAUGUAAUAUUUAAAUAUCAACAAUUGAUGUUUUCACACAUUUAAUGAUUACAAUAAGAAAUCUAUGAGGGUAAAAUAAAACAUUCAAAUUACCUCCCCUUUCAUAAUUUACUGCCUUGAUCUUGAAAACUUCCCUGUAGUAAAACUCUACAACAAGCAUUUCCAAUAAUUAUCAAAGAAUUCGGACGUACAUCAAAAAAACAUUUUUACCAGUUAUUCAAUUUUAAGUGGAAUGUUUGAUCUUAAAAAAACAUCAAAAAUAUGUAUUCCUGGUGAAAUUAAAAUCCAUUAGAUAUUUAAAUAUUUCUACACCAUUGUCCACUUUGUGAAUUAUCGAAUGAUACAGAAGAUAUCAAAAUAUGUGCGUUUAUGCCGCGAAGGGAGGUAAUCCAAAAAUAUAUUCUUGAGUAGCGGUCAUUAUCAGUAUUAAAAUGUUUCUUUCUCAAAUAUGGUUGGCCUAUUACUAUAAUACAGUAUUUAUAAUAUAUCAUUAGCUAGCAGAUGCUUGAAGGUGUAAGAAACCAGGAAAAUUAGCCAAAUUUGUCUAUCUAUCUAAAUGUUUGCAGAGAUAGAUUUCAUCAAACUGGCAAAACAGUCUAAGGUGUCAAGUGUGUGACUUGAACACAAAUGCAAGGAGCUGUAUAUGUUUGUAAAUAAAACAAAAUAGAUAGAAUCAUUUAAAUUAUGGGUAAACGAAAAUAUGUAACCAUUAUGGGACUAUUUAUUUGGAAUUGAUUAAAAGGGAUUGGCUAAAUUUACUAAUCAUAUAUACAGCUUUAUCAUAUGUAUCGAUAUAUAUUGUAUAUCACACAUUUAUGGGAAGUAUGGAAGAAAGGUGUUUUUUGUUUGCUUUUUUUCUGGGCACAAAUAUUCAAGUUUUUUAUUGUUGUAUGUUUGUAUUUAACUUGGAAAGUAGUGAAGGUAGUUUAUUCAGCACUAGGGUUUGGUUUGGUACCAGUACAUGGGAUAUUGAACAAACCACGUUGGCCAUAAUUGACUAUGCACAUAAGUUUUAUAUUUGAAUAGCCAAGUAGUAUAGCUGGUAAUGUAUUUGUAGUUAUUACUGAAAAUUUUGAAAUCGUUGCUGAUCAGUAGAAUGAUUAGGUCUGUUGAAGGUUUAUAGGAUUAAUUACAUCAGUAGACAUCCUCAAAUUGUGUGAAGAACCUAAGUAUGGGAUCUUAGCCCCCCGAGUGAAAAUAUGAUUUUUCUGACUCGGGUUUGUCAAAAAUAUUAUUUGUCUGACUGGGGUUUGUCUAAAAUAGGAUUUGUCUGACUGGGUAUGUCAAAAAUAUUAUUUGUCUGACUGGGGUUUGUCUAAAAUAGGAUUUGUCUGACUGGGUAUGUCAAAAAUAGGAUUUGUCUGACUGGAGUAUAUCUAAAAUAGGAUUUGUCUGACUGGGUAUGUCUAAAAUAGGAUUUGUCUGACUGGAGUAUAUCUAAAAUAGGAUUUGUCUGACUGGGUAUGUCUAAAAUAGGAUUUGUCUGACUGGGUAUGUCUAAAAUAGGAUUUGUCUGACUGGAGUAUAUCUAAAAUAGGAUUUGUCUGACUGGGUAUGUCAAAAAUAGGAUUUGUCUGACUGGAGUAUAUCUAAAAUAGGAUUUGUCUGACUGGGUACAUCUAAAAUAGGAUUUGUCUGACUGGGUAUGUCUAAAAUAGGAUUUGUCUGACUGGAGUAUGUCUAAAAUAGGAUUUGUCUGACUGGAGUAUAUCUAAAAUAGGAUUUGUCUGACUGGGUAUGUCUAAAAUAGGAUUUGUCUGACUGGAGUAUAGUCUAAAAUAGGAUUUGUCUGACUGGGUACGUCUAAAAUAGGAUUUGUCUGACUGGAGUAUAUCUAAAAUAGGAUUUGUCUGACUGGGUAUGUCUAAAAUAGGAUUUGUCUGACUGGAGUAUAUCUAAAAUAGGAUUUGUCUGACUGGGUACAUCUAAAUUAGGAUUUGUCUGACUGGGUAUGUCUAAAAUAGGAUUUGUCUGACUGGAGUAUAUCUAAAAUAGGAUUUGUCUGACUGGGUAUGUCUAAAAUAGGAUUUGUCUGACUGGAGUAUGUCUAAAAUAGGAUUUGUCUGACUGGGUAUGUCUAAAAUAGGAUUUGUCUGACUGGAGUAUGUCUAAAAUAGGAUUUGUCUGACUGGAGUUUGUCUAAAAUAGGAUUUGUCUGACUGGAGUUUGUCUAAAAUAGGAUUUGUCUGACUGGAGUUUGUCUAAAAUAGGAUUUGUCUGACUGGGUAUGUCUAAAAUAGGAUUUGUCUGACGGGGUACGUCUAAAUUAGAAUUUGUCUGACUGGGGUUUGUCUGAAGUCGGUUUUCUAUUUUCAUGUGCGGGAGGUAAAUAUGGUAUUUAACCUAAUAUGCACAACCAUGGCCAAUAUAUAUUGUAAGUUCACAGGGACUUGACAUAAAUUCCUAGCCAACUAUCCAUACAUAUUAUGUAUAAUGUGUAUAACACAUAUGUAUGGUCUGUGGGUUGAGAGUUUGUAACAAGUCCCUGUGUUCAGACUCAUUGUUACUCAGAUACAUUAUCAUAUCAAUGUCAUUUUACGUUUUGUAUUUAUUUAUAGUCACAAUCAUACCAAUGUAUAUCAUCAUGUGUAUAGUGGGCUGUUUGAGUGUAUGGAUACGAAAAAUAGAUGUGUAAUACUAUGUUCUAGAUCAUGUAGUCUGAUUGUGAUGUUAUGACGUUUAAUAGAGCAAAGAGAAACCUUCCUUUGCUCUCCCUGGCAUCUCCAUGGCCUUAAGAUGUUUUGGUAUGGUAAUUCACAAACCUGUGAUUGAGGUGUGUGGUUCGACACUUCGUGGUAAUGUUUGUUUCUGGGUCUCAGGAAGCUGAGAAAUAGGACGGUCUGUGCUGUUGUAGUUGUGUCCUUGGAUAAGAAACUUUAUCCGAAUUGCUUUGGAUGGCAUGGGACAGGCCUCCUGUAUGUUGUUCAAUGAGGUAGUCACCAACUACUUCAAGGAGACCCUGCGACCCUGCAUCAAAAUAACCCUGGCUGUUUUAACGCGGUGAUAGUGAUAAACCCAGCAAACAAAACAAACAAACAUGUAUAUUUGCUGGUAGUGGGAAUGCUUGAAGAAUAAAAACUGCUAGCAUGGAUGUUGGGGGGGGGGGGGGGGGGGGAUCUUGGGAGUGGGCAGUUUUCAGGGCAAAAAAGAUCAUGAGUAUUUACAGACAUAUGAAUAUGUUCUACAGUGCCCAGCAAUACAACAGUCGUUAUUAGACAAAAAUUCAAUACCACACCAAAACCCCUGCAAAAAAAAAAAAAAUCAGAUACAUGUACCUACAUUGUAUAUGGAUUUUAAUUGGCAUACAAUACAAAAAUCACUAAUACAUGAUAGUUUGUGUACUUGUCAGAACAGCAGAAAUUCAUAACCACAUUGAAGUGAGAAUAUGGUUACCAUACCAGGUAUGUAAAUAUUAAUUUGAUAAAUAUCAGAAGUCCAGAACAGAGGUGAAUCCUUUAAAGUGAAUUUAUGACUGAUAUAAAUAUAUGUAGAUAUAGAGAUUCUCACUUCUGAAGACAGUUUGGUAGUAUUUAAUCAUAUCAUGUUAAGUUAUUUAUAGAAUCGUUUUAUUUGUAUAUUUGUUAUUGACCAAAUCGUGUGACUACUAGUGUAUGGUGUUUUGACUGAUGUUCUGAGUCGAUAUGUAUGUGAUGAGUGAAAGAUGUUUAUAAUCAUAAAAUGGCUGAUUAUUUUGUGUAGCUAUGUGAUAUCUUUUCCCAUUGUCUUGAAGAAAAAACAUUCAUUCAAGCUCACACCAUAGACAUUUGAAAACAGACAAUGGCAAUUCCAUUUUAUCGAUGCCUUUAGCUCUGUAUGUGAUAAUAGACUAUUUUAAGCUGAAAUCCUGCAAUAGAAAUUAGCUCUUUCAUAUUAUCUUAUAAAAUAGUGCGCUUAUUAGAUUUUGUAUAUAUUGUGUAUAAAUAACUGUAUACUCUGUGGGAUAAGAACUGAAAUGUGAUUUUGAAAAUAUUUUUUUCUUCAGGACAUUGGGUGUGUAGGUAAUGCCGGCCUUAGCGGGAUAACUGGUCGGUGUGUGUACAGCUGUGGGAAUCUUGAUGUGAAUAUUGGUGUAAAUAAAGUUAUUUUUAUAUCCAGGGAGUAAAGUACUAGUAAUCACUGUCUGUAUGUUAGUGCUAAUAAGAUCACAGGCUCUCGACAAUGCUGGUGGAGUCUGGGGAAACUCGGAGAUUGAUUUUAAUGAUCAGGGAAAAACAAAAAUAUUUUCAAACUGGCAUAGACAGGUAGGUCUUAGUUAACAUCUAGGGCAACUCAAAGAUUGAUUUUAAUGAUCAGGGAAAAAAAGAAAAAAUAUUUGAAAACUUGCAUGGACAGGUAGUCUUAGUUAUCGUCUUGGGCAACGCAGAUGAUUUUAAUGAUCGAGGGUGGGGGGAAGUUUGUGGACUGGCGUGGACAGAAAGAUUUUACUAUAGGAAAACUCUGUGACACAACUUUGAUGAUCAAGAAAAACAAAACAAAAAUAAUGAUAAUGCAGUUAUAGGCUGUAGGCAUUUUAGGUGGUUCAAAAUGUUUUGAAAUGGUUCCCAGUUAUGUUGCAGAAUUAUAUUGCCACAACAGCUGUCAUGACCAGUAACAAUGCAUAAGCUUUGUGUUUUAUAAUCAACAGGGACUGAGAUUGACUCUCUGUAGUGGAGCAAUUGUCAAUGGAAAAAGGAAAUGUAUAAUGAAUACUUUAUGUAUAUCUUUUAUAUAUAACCCAAAAAAAAUUAGAACUCUUCUUCAUUAGAGAUACAAUAAUGCCACUGGAACACUCCGCUUUAAGAGAAAGUUAUGUUUCUAUACUAAAUAGCCCACAAAACUUGUUGAGAGCCUGCGAUAUAUGCAUGUUUAAUUUGAUGUCUGGUUUUACCAAGCUGGUAAGAUUUAUGGUGAGAGUGAUGUUUGCGAACGGUUUUUUAAACCGAUGAUUAAUUUUUUAUCUAAUUUUAUUCAAUAAAAUGACACAAUUCUAA